CCGACAGUCCUGAAGGCAGCAGGGAUGAUGCUGCCUUAGAUCCAUAUUACCUUGUUAGCAGGUUGCAAGCUAGCUGAAUACAGGCGGGAGGUACAGUGCGGAUACACGGGGAUGUCCGACUCUGUUUAACACAAACUGAGCACUCGAGGUUUUUUUUAAAUCGGCUCGACACAAGCAGGACUGCAUCCCAAACUUUUGGCGAGAUGACAACGCGGUCGGAGCGAGAAAAAGCCCAGAAACUGAACGAGCAGCAUCAGGCCAUCCUGUCUAAACUGCUGAGGGAGGACGACAACAAGUACUGUGCCGACUGUGAGGCGAAAGGUCCUCGAUGGGCAUCAUGGAACCUCGGGGUGUUCAUGUGUAUCCGCUGUGCCGGCAUCCACCGCAACCUGGGUGUCCACAUCUCCAGGGUCAAAUCUGUCAAUCUGGACCAGUGGACACCUGAGCAGAUCCAGAGUAUGGUGGACAUGGGCAACAGGAGGGCCAAACAGCUGUAUGAAGCCCACCUACCGGAGAGCUUCAGACGCCCACAGACAGACCAAGCGGUGGAAGUAUUCAUCAGGGACAAGUACGAGAGGAAAAAGUACUAUGACAUGGAGGCCGUGGCUACAGCUCCACAGAAGUUGUCUGAAGCAGCUCCUCCCUCCACCUCACCGACCUCACAGGCCGACAGGAGCAGACAGGAGAAGGAGCGUGAAAAGAAAAAGGAGGAGAAGAAGAAAGAGAAGGACGAUGACAAAGGGGAGAGACACAACCACACGAAGCAGUCAGAGUGUAAAGCCAGCACCAUGGAGAGCACCGAGCCAGCUGUGGACCUGCUGGGCCUGGAUGCUCCAGACGGUGGUGGGAAGGGCUCGGGCGGCGCUGCACCAAUCAGCGAUGAACUGGACAUCUUUGGACCAAUGGUCUCCAACCCACUCCCCUCAUCCAACAAUGCACAGCAAGCUCAGUCUGGUUCCAGUACAGCACCUCAGCAGGCAGACCCCUCCACCUCCUCCUCUGCCUCCUCCUCCACCUCCACCACCACGACCACAAAGGCGGAGCAGAAGAAGCUUUUAUCUAAAGACUCCAUCCUGUCUCUGUACGCCAGCAGCUCAGUGGGCAGUCAGCCGCAGAGCCAGCAACAGCCUGCUCCAGGACAAGCGGGAAUGUACAUGGGCCAGCCCCAGAUGCAGUUCACUCCGCAGGGUUUUGCUCCAGGGAUGGGUGGACCCGCCCCGCCCACCACCAUGAUGGGCGGAGGGGCCAUGAUGUCAGGCGUGGCUAUGCCCAACGGCGGCUACAUUGGCAUGCAGCAGCAGGGCGCGAUGCCAGCCAACCAAGGGCAGAACAUGUACAGCAUGCAGCAAGGACAGCAGCAAGGACAGUGGAAUAUGAGCCAGAUGACCCAGCAGAUGUCAGGCAUGAACGUGAGUGGUGGAGGGCCAGCGCCAGCCACUUUGAGCCAAUCGGGAGCUCCGGCGGCUGGCUGGCCCGCGGCUUCACCGGCGGCUUCCGGCCAGACCCUCAGCACUCAGCUGUGGAAGUGACGAGAAGAGGCUCCAGGAUGAUUGGGGGGGAGAAAUGGCAAUAAUGAAAAAAAAAUAAAUAAAAAACGACCCGCCACCCACCUCCUCAGCAUAAACAACGCACAGCGGGGGUAGUCUGACUGCCCCUUCCAAACCUGACACACCUUCACCAUGGUUCCUUUAAGAAAAAAA